AUGUCGGCGUCACCAAGCCUGCCAGCUAAGAUAAUUAUCUGCUGCGACGGGACCUCAAAAUCAGCAUAUAUCGAAGGUAAUUCUUUGACCAAUGUGACUCGUAUCACGCGUUGUAUCAAACCUAUCCACAAGAAAGGAAACCGCCAGAUCGUCUGGUAUCACCCCGGCAUUGGCACAGGAUCAAACAGGAUCGUAAACGCAUGGCAUCAAUUCAGCGGUGAAGGGCUCAAAGACAUCAUCAUUGCCGCAUACUUGUUUCUCUGCAACAACUACAAUACUGGCUUAGAUGGAGGACCUAGAGACGAGAUAUAUCUAGUUGGGUUCUCAAGGGGUGCUUUCGCCGUCCGUUGUCUGGCCAGCUUGAUUCAACAACACGGAGUGCUGCCCAGGGAAGAACUACAUCACGCGAAUGACCUCUAUGACCAAUGGAAAAAAGGUACUGCACCUGGAGCCGCCGUGCCCCCAGUCCCCAUAAAAGCCUGCGCACUUUGGGAUACUGUCAGUGCUAUUGGAAUCCCACUGCGUGGUGGCACAAUGUGUCGAAAAUUGGCACACAUUGAUUCAGACAUGACCAAUUCCGUCGAUCAUGUUUAUCAAGCUUUAGCUUUGCAUGAACAUCGCCAUCACUUCUUUCCAAUUGUACUCAAGCAUCCGAUCACCCCUUCAAAUGCACCGAAUGUAGAGCAGUGCUGGUUUGGAGGUUUCCAUUCAGACGUGGGUGGAGGCAAGAAGCUUGAUGCUCUUGCACACCUCCCUUUGAUAUGGAUACUGUCCAAGCUGAGCCCGUGCAUCGAUACCGACAUGGAUGGUUUACUUGGCCCCAUGACAGCGCAAAGCACUUGGAGAGUGCCUCGGCUCAGUGAUGCAUCUUUUCGACCUGUAGACUCGAUGAAGGCUCUUUUUCGGUUCUUGGGAUCCAAAUACCGUAUUCCCAAUUACGAGUUCUGGGGCGAGGCAGGCGUGUACACGUGUCCAGAUCCAAACAAUGAGGAGAAAAUACACAGGUCAACUAGGAAGCUAAUCGAAGAUGAUCAAAUGACGCUUUUUCAUGCCGCUCUUAGCAUACCGACCUCUGAGCCCAUUCGCUGGCUCCUCCGUCCAGGGCCCAAUGCUGAUGGGCUGGAGCCUUUCGCCGCAGAAGACACAGUGGAUCGGAAAGAAAUAGAAUUGCUUUUGCACUGGGUGGGGAAAGAGGAAGAGGAGCUCCACAAACAAGUUAACUCUCAGGGUCGGGCGCCACCUGGUACGAUACUCACAAAGUUGAGAGCUUGGUUUCGGGCACAUGAAGCAGAAUGA